CAAACGAAAAACGGACAAAUAAUGGACGUUUGCAGGAGAAUUCGAGUGUGGCUUUGUUGAACGUAAACCUUGAUCCUGCAUUCUUUUGCAUAAAACUAUUCCCAAAAACAUCCUUUUCACCGCCUGUGCACUUAGCAACGCUUUGCUUACGCAGCUGUCAACGGUGCAAUUUUCGGUGUGUUUUUUCGUGCCGACUUGGGCAAUUUGAGUUGAUCUACAGCAAACAGCAAAGGAAACAGCGAUUUUCCAGUGAACUUGCAAAGUGUGCCUUCUUGCCGCUUAACCAACGCCGAUUGUACGCCACGAAAAGGUAGCGCCAGCACCAGGAUGGACGAAGAAGCUGCAAGCGCUCUUAGAACAACCGUCACGAAGUCUGGCCGCAAGGUGAAACGGCCGCUUCAUCUAGCGUCACCGGAACGCUCACCACCCGAAGCCGGACACGGAUCACCCGCAAAAUCUAUUGGCCGCAAAUCGAGGAAAGCUAGCGUCAGUGAUGACCGUGAAAAGGGUGCUUCCGGGACGCCGAUUAAGCAAUCCGUGUCGUCCGAUGACCAAACAUCAAUGGUCAAAUCAUCAUCACGCAAAACCUUAACCAGGAAAACUCUUACAGCCGGCAAUUCCGAAGUAAAGACACCGAAAAAGGGUAACGAGGUGCCGAAUCCGGACGAAAGUGGUGUGUCGAAAUCCGGUCGCAAGAUAAAGGUGCCCACCAAAUUGACAGAUUAUGAAAGUAGUUUGGUCGGUAGCCCUCGGAAAGGCGGAGUAGCAACGACCACCGCCGAACGGGAAGCCGGCAAAACUCCAGCUCGUACCGCUCGGUCUGCCAAGAAUCUGGUAAUGGAUUCGGAAUCAUCUGCUAAUAAGGCAGUUAUGGAACGGCCAUCAGCUAGAAAAACGAAUGUAUCGGAUAGUACUGCGGCUAAAUCGAUAGGUGAUCUGCAUGAACAAAGCACUACUACACCUACCAAAACCCGUGGUCGUCGGGCGCGUUCAGUGGCGCCAAUCAAACCGAUACCGGAUGAAUCUUUAUCUGAGGAAGAACGUCUUCUUAAACAGACUCGCACUCCAGGUCGCAGAUUAUUGGGCAUUUCGAUGAUUGAUAUAGGAUCAACAAUAGAACCGCAACAAACUAAACAACGUAAAAGGGCCACAGCCGUGAUGACAAAAGAGAUCGUGAACGAAGAACCAGUAUCCAAAAAGAGCCUCGUAAAGGAAUCUGGGAAAAAGAAAAUAGUUGCCGCGUCUCUGGUUAAAGAUGUACUCUCCAAAACAUCGAUAACGGAUUCAAAAGGUGAGGGCAAUGUAAUAACUACCGAGCUGCGAGAAGCUGGAGCUCAAGAAUCGGACAUACAGAAAAAGGAAGCGCAGAAUGAUCUAACCAUAACUGAAAGACCUACAGCUGACGUUCAGCUAUCAAAUAAGAAGAAACCCCGUGGGCCCCGUGCGCCCGAGAUUGUGGUAUCGGAAGUUUCAGCUGCACGCUCGCCCGUAUCAGCUUCUCCCGAAGGGCAAGGGGUUUCGCGUUCCGGGCGUAAGAUAAAACCAAAGAAGAUAUUUGGCAGCGAGGAUGGUGGUGCUGACAAGUCGAUUAUCGUUUCCAUCACCGAUCUUAGCGAGACUCCGGUAAAUUCGUUCGUCACCCGUAGAAACAUAGAUGAUCACCAUCACGCUUCUAAUGCGAAGAUGGUACCAUCCGUGGUACCGAUUGAUGAACCGGAUCGUGCUGUUCCUCUAGUUGACGCCACUGCAGUAAGCGAUUCGAUUGAUGUACCACCGACCAGCAGACGAUCGGGUCGGGUAAUCAAGGCGAAAAAGUUCUUCGAUGACGCCAGCAUUACGGAGAAGAAAAAGUCGCUAGCCAUUUCCCCUGCCCGGCGUCCGAAGGAGAAGGAUUCUGUAGCUACGGGCAAAACGACAGCAAACCAAUCGCCGACAGUGGCAGGAAAUUCCGUUGUUGAAACUCCUCAUACUCUGGUCUCCGGUGACAUUGUAAAUGUAAAUGUGCCUUCCUUGGAUGGGGUCGAUGUAGCCGAAGGACCUUUACAGGAUGACGGAUCGAGUAACGUAAUAGUCAACGAUGAACAAACAACCAACAAGCAGGAAUCUAUUUCAUCGGAGAUCCUUCAAGAUGAUACAACCACCAACAAGCAGGAUGAUGCCGGAAAUGACUUGCAGAAGAGCCGCGGCGAAUCAUUUAACAAAUCUAUUCCAUCGGAGAAUUAUCAAGAUCGGAAUGAGAUUCAAGAUGUUAUACUAGCGACUUCCCAGCCGCUGUCUCCGCCGGUUGCAGAUCCUGAUCCUGUAGAAGAACAUGCCAAGUCGGGUCCUGUAGAUGCAAACGUAGUAGUUCUGCAAACUGUUGACAUUGUCAAACCUGCCGAUGAUUCAGAAAGUACUCAUUUGGAUGAUGCAAUGCCGAUUGAAAAGCAAACGCCCGUAGCAACAGACGGAGCGUCAGAGACUUCUAUUAUCGUAAUUCCUGAUACUCCAGCCCCAGUCGAACAGUAUGGUCGCCAGUUGAGUGAUACCUUUUCGCCUGAGAAACCAAUGUUACCGAACGAACGGAUACCUCAUAUUAUACCAGAGUUCAUAAUCACCGAGGCACCUACCCCAGGCACAGCUUCGCGUACAGUGGCAGCACCACGGACGCCAGAUACUAAGACAAGUCAGGCGAAUGAAUGUUCGCCAGACAAGCCGCCGGAGGUCAUCGAAAUCUUUGACAGUCCGGCAAGCACGGUUUUUUGUCAGCAAAUGAAAAGCGGUAACAGUACAUCCAGUACUCCUUUGAUACUUUUGAAUGCCGCCGAAAACCAACCAACUUUGCAACGAAAACGUUCAAUGUCCACCAGCGCAGCAGAAAUCAAGAAACGCAACGUUAAGUUCCACAGUCCAGCCAACGUCACAGUACUGGUGGAUACUAUCGAUGAGAUCAUGCAAAAGAACGUCGUCCGCCGGAAGCGCUCGCUAUCGGAACAUGCACCAGGUGCUGCGGUAGGGACAGAUGACGGCGUAAAGCCGAAUAAAAUAAGCAAGAUCCCGAAUUUUAAAAAUAUUCAUGAGAAAAACUUCAAACGCAUGGAAUCGAUUGGCGAUUUUAUGAAGCGCAAGGAGAAACGUGCUCAAAUGAUUCUGACGGCGGCAAGCCCAGCUACAAAGCUUCUUGCACAGGGGGUUUCCGCUACUACGAACGCGAAACCCAGAGCUCCGACCGAUGCUAAACAUAACCAAGUAACAAUCGAGAAGACACAGGAACGAUUGUUUACUUUUAAAUCGGGCGGUGGCGGUACCAGUGCUGCCGCCAGCAGCAUGAUAAAUAAGGUAAAUCCACCAACGGCCGGCGCGACACUUUUCCAGCGCAGACCAAUAGCAAGGGGGCCAGCAGCAUCAUCACUGAGAAGACCGAUGGCUAGCAAUGAGCAACGGCUGGCGAAUCGGCAACGGUUGUACAAAAGGGCACCCGUAAUAAAUGCAACUUCUAGUGUUGUCGCCUCGUCAGAAACAAUAGGAGCUAGUGGUCCGUCGACGGCAAGUUUGUCAUCCACCACGAUUCCACCAGUUGAUCAGCUACGUACGAAACAGUCGACAAUUCUGAAAGGCGUUCGAACAAACCGUCGUUUCGAGUUGCAGAUGAAGCAUCGAGACAAUUUGCACUAGCCGUAUGGGAUUUGAUUGUGUGCGUCGUAAAUCACCUUUAUUAUUAUGGGCGGCAAACAUGGCCGUAUAUCAGUUUUUUUUUCAUUAAAUUUUUAUUUUAAAAUUAACGCGUUUGUAUUAACCAUUUUACGAGGUCCUGGGGAUCGAUUAAUGGAACACAUUCUUCGCGUGUGCUACAUUUUCAUAUACUAACAACCGUUACUUUUUACUGCAAUAAAACAAUUGAGUUAAUCUUUUGCACACGA